AUGAAGGAUCUAGCUUAGGUUAGUUUUAUUUCAAGUGUGGAGUUUAAACAAGUCACUUACUAUCUAUCACAGUAGAUAAGGUUGCUGCGUAGGGAUUUAAUGUUUUAGUAUCUGGUAUCAUUAAAGGAGCUGUGCUAAAAAUGGAGAAUGAGCUAGUUAUUAUUAUUAAGAUUUAGUCUGGAGUGGUGCAGUUUCAGAUAUGAAAGGACUACCAAUCACUUAAAAAAUAAAUUAAGAUUCAUUAAAGUAGCUAUUUUAGGAUUUUGUUUAGGUGGGACUCUCAUUUUUUUUUUAAAGGAUGUUUGGUCUUUAGAGCAGAUGCUCUUUUCUAUUUUAUUCCUGACUAAACAAAAUACCAAAUAAAGAAUAUAAAGGUUCCUGCUUAAAGUCAUAUAAGCGUGUAACAUUAGAUUAAAGGAAUACCUAAUCUAAAAUGGUUAAAAAAUUAGAAAAUGA